AUGAGAUUAUUCAUCUUCCCUGGUAACGGUCCUGAUUCUGCGUCCACCCAACCUUUCCCAGCUAAACUAAAAUCCAAAGCCAACGGUGGUGCUGUUUUUCCUCUACAAAUUACACGGUAUGAUGAUUUCAUCAGCUUCAGAGGUGAGGAUACACGCGCAAGCUUCACUUUCCAUCUUUUCAAAGCCCUGUCCCGAAAGCAGAUAGUUACAUACACUGAUGACUUGCUUCACGAAGGAGAUUCGAUCACGUUCCUCCUCCUCAGAGCAAUUGAAGAGUCUUGCCUUUUGCUUGUUGUAUUCUCAGAGAACUACGCAUCCUCAAAGUGGUGCUUGCAAGAACUGGUUAAAAUAAUGGAGUGCAAGAAAGAAUUUGGACGGCUUGUUAUACCUGUCUUCUACAACGUUGAUCCAUCACAUGUAAGGUAUCAGCUAGGAAGUUACAGUGAAGCGUUUAAAAAACACUUGCAGAAUAACAAGAAGGCGGAGGUUCAGAAGUGA